UGCCUGAUAGACACCUGUUCAGUUUCAGGCUGUAAAAUGAGAGAGAGAGAGAGAGAGAGAGAGAGAGAGUGUGUGUGUGUGAGUAUGUGAAUGUGUGGUUGUGUGUCUGUGUCUGUGUGUGAACCUGUGUGUGAGGGGGUGGGAGAGAACACAGGUAGACAAUGAUAAAUCAUUGAGCAUAUCUGUUGCUCUCAACAAACUUUCUCAUUGGCAACCUAACACAACCGUGUCCAAGAAGGGGAACAGACACUCAAAAACAUUUGCACCGGUGAACUAUAUGUUCGUUUUUUUUUUAAGCACGAAUAUCCUAAACAAAAAGAAGUGAAUCUAAUACAAUUGAAGAGGAUACAACCUAAUGAAGGAAAUACCCUGUUUCUUUAUCUCUAUUGGUCUAUCGCCUUCUCUAUUUAUUUAUCACCAAAUACUUGAAAAAACAGAAUGGAUCCAAUAGUGGAGGUCGUCGCCUUGCUGCUUGGGUUUAUAGGAUGGGUGAUGGUGGGUAUAGCUAUACCCAACCGUUACUGGAAGGUUUCCACUGUUGACGGGAGCGUCAUCACUACCUCUACCAUCUAUGAGAACCUAUGGAUGUCCUGUGCCACGGACUCUACAGGUGUCCACAACUGCCACGAGUUCCCCUCUCUGCUCGCCCUGAAUGGAUAUAUCCAGGCGUCUCGAGCACUAAUGAUUGCUGCGAUUAUUUGCGGAUCUAUCGGGCUCCUUGCAACCAUGAUCGGGAUGCAGUGUUCUAAAGCAGCUGGAGAGAACAUGGUUCUAAAGGGUAGAAUAGCUGGUGUUGGAGGUGUCCUAUUCUUGCUUCAGGGCCUGUGUACAAUGAUCUCAGUAUCUUGGUAUGCUUUCAACAUCACCCAGGACUUUUUUAAUCCAUUAUAUCCCGGGAUAAAGUAUGAGAUUGGAGAGGGCCUCUACAUUGGCUGGUGCUCUGCUGUUCUUGCUAUCGUUGGGGGAUCUUGUUUGACAUGUGCCUGCAAACUGGGCACGUCUGAGAAACAACCUUACCCCUACCAGCCCAGGGGCACAGUGUACUCUGGCAUUGCACCAUCGCAGAGUCAGGCUGCCACUUCCUAUGGCCGGAACGCCUACGUUUGAACAAGAGAGAGAGAGAGAGAGCACCAAUGAACCAUGGGGUUCACCUUUAUCCACCAUGUCCAAUGCCUACAAACCAGACUCACUGUUGACCGCAUAGUUGUUGAAGAUGUGUAAACCAUAUCUAUAGUGCUGAGGGAGGUUAAGUGCUAUAUUAUGUCUUUCAUAUUUGGAUCAAUCACCUCAUAUUGAAGACAUUAUGCCUGUUAGUUUGGUUGUGGUGCACUGUGCAAACAUGUCGCUUGUAAAAUAACGAGAUGUCUAAUGACUGAUGCCUGCAUUAUAUCACAUUUUUUAUUUUCAUAAUGAUAUAGGCUCAUGUUGGCAUGAAAAGGGAUGAUUUGAUGAAACAUCUAGAUCUAGGGGCAUGUCCAAACCAACAGAUUAAGACUUGAUUCUCAAGUAUUGAUGUUAUCGAAAUGUUUUGUAUUGUUUGUACAGUUUUAUAAUGUCUGAGAUGGGUGUUGCUGUCCUAUGCCAUUCUGAAUGUUUGUUUUAGUUCAUUAGUUUUGUUUACAAUUCCACCCAAUAAAAUGAUUCUUUAAAUA